UUUUUUUUCUUCCUGUAGCCUGGACACCUGGUGAGCUGUAAGAAAACCUGUCAGGAUUCUUUGAGUGACACCAAGACCCAGCAGCUGCCAUGGGCUCCCCAGAGAGAAGAGGCUUCAUUGAGUCUGUGGUUGAGUACCUCUGGGACACAAGGAGCAAGGAGGACCUGAAGCUCCAGCUGAAUGAAGUGGUAGAGCGGCAACAGCUUGUGGAAGGAACUGCUUUGUCCAGUUUCAAUCUAAUGAAUUUGAUGUUGGCUGCCGGCUUGCUGUGUAUUGCUUAUAUUACAUUUAGGAAAUGGAAAACUUCCUUGCGUGAAGCUCCUGGUGAGAUGGUUGCAGAUCCUGAUGGAAAAGAUGUCAAUGAAGAGGAGCUCCAAAAUGACCUGAAGGACAAGACCAGGAGGAAAAUGAAAGAUAACUGGUGUGAAGCUCUUGGUAAGAACAUAGUGGCUACUGAUGUAGGUGAUGACAACAAGGUAAAAAAUGACAUCCAGGAGAAGAAAAGGUUUUUGGAAGAUUAUGCUCAGGUGAAACUGGAGCUUGAGCAGCAGAUCGAGAAGCUGCGCGCCCUUGCAGACAAGAUUGACAAGGUGCACAGGGACUGCACCAUCACACAAGUGGUGGCCAAAUCUACCGGUGCUGUGUCCGGAGUCCUGACGAUCCUUGGUCUCGCUCUGGCACCUGUGACAGCAGGAGUCAGUCUGGGACUUUCAGCCACAGGCUUGGGGCUGGGGGCGGCAGCAGCAGUGACUAGUGUUUCUACAAGCCUUGUGGAAAAGGUCAUCACGGCGAAAGAGGAAGCUAAAGCCAGCCAGCUGGUGCCAACCAGCAAGGACCAAGAGGAGCUCAUUAAAGAAGUUUUGGAGGAGAGUAAACCUGUGCUUGUUUCUGUAUAUAAGAAUUCCUUCCAGAAACUGGAAGACAUCAAGAAGAACAUUGAUGCCAUCAAACUGGCCAAAGCUAACUCUCACCUAAAAACUAAUGCCAAGCGUCUCAUGACCACAGGGAGGGUGUCAGCCCAAAACACUAAAAAGGUAAAGAAAGCCUUUGGAGGCACAGCUCUGGCAAUGUCCAAAGGAGCCCGGAUCAUGGGUGCAGCCACCACAGGUCUCUCCAUCCUGAUGGAUGUGGUCAGCCUUGUGGAAGACACAAAGCAUUUGCAGGAGGGUGCAAAGACAGAGUCUGCGGCAGAGCUAAGGCAGAAGGCUCAGAACCUGGAGCAGAAGUUGCAGGAGCUCAUCAGGGUCCAUGACAGCCUGACAAAGUGACCACUUCUUCAGUGCAGCUCAGAGGACUGGGGAUAGGGGAUGCUCUAGACACCUGAUAGCCCCUGUCUGUAUCCCCUCUACAGCAAUGUCACCAUGGUGGAAGUGCCUGCUAGAGCGGGAGGCCACAUUAAGAGAAAGGAAGCCAGAACACAGAUGGGACAGGCUUGGGACCUCCCAUAGACUCCACCUCUUAGAUCCAACAACCUCCCAACAUCCCACAUGAGGACCAAGCUCCCAAGCUGUGGUGCACAUCUAAGGUCUGACUUAACCUCAGCAUGGCUGCUCCUCAGUCAUGCCCACCAUAUUGCUCCUAGCUGAGGCUCACCAUCCUCACUGUCCUCGGAGCUGCCAACUUUUUAUACUGCUUUCUGAUUGGUUGCAUAGAGGCCUUAUUCUCCUUCCUAGAUCUGCCUAAUUCUCUGUUUUUCCAAGUAUUUCCAAGUCCUGCAAUCAGACUCUGGAAGGAACACCAUUUCUGUGUUCAUGAUUUUGGUCAUCUGGAGAGAUGGGUUUUUGGUGAAAUACUCAGAGAGUAGAAAGGAAAGGAUGCUGGGAAUGUCAUCUGCAUGGUCAUCACAGCUUCUUGGUCCUGCGAGCCAGCUGUGGGUCCAACAAGGAAGGAGAGGUGACAGGGUAUGGCUGGUCAGUUCUGCUCCCUGCUACCAGAUUCUGGGAAAAUCACAAGGUUUAAUUCCUAUUGACAUUUAAAAUCUGCUGUGAUACUCAUGAAGGGCUACACUUGGUCCGUAGUAUUUGAGGAGAAGACUAGUGAACACUGACUGGUCAUUCUUGUGUAAUUUCUGCAAAUGAUAUCCUGUGUUUUCUAGAUUGUUGACUAUAAAGUUGAUCAUUUCCUCCUGAUUUUUAUCAUCUCCUCUUUUAAAACCAGUUUUUCUUAUGGAUUAUUAAAAAAUAUUUGAAAUUUA